GAGGGAGCCAUGAUGGCGGCGGCCUGAGGGGAGCCAUGGCGGGGCUGGCGCGGCGGCUGCUCCGCAGGGGCCUGGGCGUGGCGGCGGGGCCGCCCAGCACCCGCCAGCUCCGGGAGGCCGAGGAGGCCGCCCCGGUGUUCCAGUACGCGGGGAAGGCGGCCAAGCGCAAGGACCGCGUGUUCGUGUGGGGCUUCAGCUACUCGGGCGCCCUGGGCGUUCCCAGCUUCGUGAGGCCGGACGCGGGCUGGAAGAAGCCGCGGCGGAUCCAACCCACGCCGUACCGCCUGGAGACCGAGGAGAAGAUAUCCUCUGCUGCCUGUGGUUAUGGAUUCACACUGCUGGCUUCUAAUACCAGAGACAUCACCAAAGUGUGGGGCACGGGACUCAACAAGGAUUCCCAGCUUGGAUUCCAGAGAAGCAGAAGAGAUCAAACUAAGGGCUAUGAAUAUGUGUUGGAACCAUCUCCAAUUCCAUUACCACUGGAGAAGCCACAACAAACUCGAGUCUUGCAAGUGUCCUGUGGGAGAGCCCAUUCCCUGGUCCUGACAGAUAGUGAAGGAGUUUUCACAAUGGGAAACAAUUCUUAUGGACAGUGUGGCCGCAAGGUUGUUGAAGAUGAAAUUUACAGCGGAAGCCAUCUCAUUCAUCAGCUGAAGGAAUUUGACAGUGAAGUUGUCCAGGUUGUGUGUGGGCAGGACCACAGUCUGUUUAGAACCAAGAAAGGUUCAGUCUAUGCAUGUGGAUGGGGAGCUGAUGGACAAACAGGUCUUGGACACUAUAAUAUCACCAGUGUUCCUACUAAGCUGCAUGGUGACAUUGCUGGAGUAAACAUUAUCCAGGUCUCUUCCUAUGGGGACUGUUGUCUGGCUGUUUCAGAUGAAGGAGAUGUCUUUGGUUGGGGAAAUUCAGAAUACUUGCAGUUGGCAUCUGUCACAGAAACCACACAGGUGAAUGUUCCCAGGCAUUUGCCAUUCAAGAUUGGGAAGGUAAAGGAGGCUGCCUGUGGGGGGACUGGCAAUGCUGUGCUAACAGAAGAAGGAAAUGUUUUUGUCUGGGGAUAUGGAAUUCUUGGGAAAGGACCAAACCUAAUAGAGACAGCAGUGCCAGAGAUGAUCCCACCCAGCCUUUUUGGCUGGUCAGACUUCACUCCCGACAUCCGUGUUGCUCAUGUUCGCUGUGGGCUCAGCCAGUUUGCUGCACUUACAAACAGAGGAGAACUGUUUGUGUGGGGAAAGAAUCUAAGAGGGUGCCUAGGAACUGGAAGAAUGGAAGACCAGUAUUUCCCAUGGAGGGUGACUGUUCCUGGGGAGGUGGUGGAUGUGGCGUGUGGAGUUGAUCACAUGGUAAGCCUGGUCAGGUCUUUUACCUAGGGAUGCUGCUGGCUCUCAGCACCAUACCAGGGUGAUGCAAGGACUUGGUGAUGAGCUUCUUGGAAAGGAAAACUCAUUUUAUGAACCCAAGUGACUGUGAGCAGAGACAGCCAUGGCAGUGCUGGUUGUGUUAUCAUCCCUGUGUCACUGAAAUGCUCUGCCCUGGCUGCAGGAAGGAAGCACGUUCCCCAAGGAGCAUGGAAAUGCAAGGAGUGCUCUGGCUCCUUCAUGAUGAGCUCCCAGAGAAUCUGAGGCCCAGCCCCAAACUGGUGAGCCCUCUCUGCAUGAAGAUGGAGAGCAUCUCUCAAGGAAGACUGGCAUGGGAUGAAACCUACAGCACAGGACAUUGAUACAUGGACAUUUCCUGUCACCAGCUCUGGAGUGUCAGUGUUGAUGAGAGCCAAACUAUUUCUCAAGGGAAAAGUUGGGUGUUUUUUUUAUAACUGUUAGUGGAAGAAAGGUCAUGCUAGUUCUUGCAGCCCAGCACAGCUGUCCUGUGUGGCCACCCUCAGCUGCACUGUGCCCAGGCUGUUGUCCUGUGCAGAACCUGGAUGCACAGCCCUUGCCUGGAGUACUGCUGUGUCUGUGGGCUGUUGAAGGCUGUGUUAGUGCUAAAGACUGAACACCAAAGGAACACAUUCAAAGAGUGAGAACCUGUCUGCAGGGGUAAGUACUAUUAAAUGAGCAGGCUCUCUGUGCUGCAGGAGGACAGAUGGAUGGUGACAGAAGCCAGUCUAGUUUAUUGAGGGAGGCUGGAAACAAAGCCCCUGAUCAGCUGCCUGUGAAAUCAGUGCUCAGGCGUGGAUGUGAGCAGUGCUCACCACCCCUCAGGUCCUUUAUCUGCUUGUGCUGAUCACACAUCACUGCCUGUGAUUGUUUUUGGAUUCCCUGCCCUCUCUGUGUUCAGCAGUACGGUGGCUCUCAGUUGCAGUUAUCUGGAGAUUUCAGGAUUGCCUGGCAGGGAAAGGGGUCUUAAUGGGUAAGAAGCUGAGCUUCAUUCCUUGGUACCUUCUUAGCAAUAAGCUGAUAGAGAUGGGAUGCAACAGCUGUAUCUGUAGCAGGCACUUACCCAAUCUCACACCCAAGUGUGGGAAACUGCUGUGUCCAAACAUCAGUCUUGAGUCUUUUCAAACACAAACUCUCAGUUGUGUCUUUUCUCUCUGUGGGGGAUACUUCCAGUGUGCAAAGUGCUUUGGUGGAAUCCAAGCUAGUAGGUUUUCAAUAAAGUGAUGAUAAAAUUUGUAUCAGUAGUAAUAGGAAUAUUCUUGAGCAUGAUCUACUCAUGCACUGAUUGGGUCUGCAUUUGAACUGCAGCAUUUUGUUUCACAGUUAUGUGGCAGGAAACCACUUCUGUCAGCUGAGCCAGCUCCACAGCUGCAGGACUGGAGGUGCUGUGGUCUGGCAGUGCAGCCAUGGCCCCAUGGACACCACAUAUAUUGGCUUCAUGUGAUGAAAUACUGCAUUUCAUCAAAUGAAAUGAGUGUAAACUUCACCUAGAUUAAAUGUUUUAAAAUACAAUAUAUAUUUUAUAUAUAUGUUUGCAUACAAUAUAGGAAAGGUGAAUCAAAGUACAUGGAAAUAGGCACAUCUCUUGAGUUGAUGUUCCUGUGUAACUGGUAUUGCUGGGUGGGUGAGGCAAAACAGAAAGCUGCCAAGCAACUGGCAGACCUUCACUACUCUGAGCUCCCAUUUGCUUGGCUUUAAUUUAGACCUGAUUCAAGUGACUGUGAGCAGAGACUGUGGGCAAUGUGGGCAGCUUGUGAUGCCCAAGCAUGUCUUGUUGGCCUCAUGGGAGUGGGUAUGCCCUUUCAACUCAAGGAGGCUUAUUAAACCGUGGAAAACACAUACAGAAACUCUGGUAAGAAAGGUGUUACAGACAAUUCCCUCAUGGAUGUUGCUGUUGUGUUGUGCUGGUUGGUGCUGGGCUCUCAGCUGUUCUCAUUCACAGCUCUUUCCCAGUGCACCCUGGGGCUGGGCCUUCUCAAGAGCUGCCUUGAGUCCUUGUGUUGCAUUCCUGCUGUACAAUAAAUUGCAAAUUCUGUUUGAUAAUGAGGUGCCA